AUGCAGACUGCUUCUACAAACAUUUGUGAAAGAAUGGGUCGCUCUCAGGAGCUCAGUGAAUUCAAGCAUGGUACCGUGAUAGGUUGCCACCUGUGCAAUAAGUCCAUCUGUGACAUUUCCUGGCUACUAAAUAUUCCACGGUCAACUGUUAGUGGUUCUAUAACAAAGUGGAAGCAACUGGGAACAACAGCAACUCAGCCACAAAGUGAGCGGGGUCAGCGCAUGCUGAAGCACACAGUGCACAGAAGAAUCCAAUUGUCUGCAGAGUCAAUAGCUAAAGACCUCAACAACAGUGUGUAGAGAGCUUCAUGGAAUGGCCGAGCAGCUGCACCCAAGCCUUC